GUCAUUGAAAGGCUACUUCUGAAAACAUUCAACCAUUGAUGAAGGAUUCACUCCCUUAAACAGUUUAACUGUGUCUAAGUGCACCUACGUGGUUUAGCUUCGGACAGAAUUAACCCCUAAGAAGAUGUCUCUGGCGGAUGAGCUCUUGGCCGAUCUGGAGGAGGCAGGAGAUGAGGGGGAGGAUGGGCUGUAUCCUGAGGAGGAGGAGGGAGACAGUGAUGGAGAGAGCGCUCAGAGGGCCGAGGGAGGUCUGGAGGACAUCCCGGAGGAGGAGAUGGAAGUUGACUAUAGUAAAGCAGAGAGCGUUGCGUCCAUUGCCAAGCUACGCAACAGCAAACAGUUUUCAGAAAUCAUAGACAAAAUUUCAAAUUACAUUGGAAAACAGCGCAAAAAUUCAGAUGUCUCUGGACCAGUGGAAGCAGAUCCAGAAUACAGACUUAUUGUGGCUGCCAAUAAUCUGACAGUAGAGAUUGACAAUGAGCUAAAUAUUAUUCACAAAUUUACUCGAGACAAAUACUCCAAAAGGUUUCCAGAGCUUGAGUCUCUUGUCCCAGAUUCAUUAGAUUAUAUCCGUACUGUGAAGGAACUGGGAAAUAAUUUGGAAAAAUGCAAGAACAACGUAAUACUGCAGCAAAUUCUCACUAAUGCCACAAUUAUGGUUGUCAGCGUGACAGCCUCAACCACACAGGGGUCACAACUUACUGAAGAGGAACUGAAGCAGCUUGAAGAGGCUUGUGACAUGGCUCUGGAGUUGAAUCAAUCAAAACACAGAAUCUAUGAGUACGUAGAGUCCAGGAUGUCUUUCAUUGCCCCAAACUUGUCCAUCAUCGUGGGAGCGUCAACAGCUGCAAAAAUCAUGGGUAUCGCUGGAGGACUUACAAACCUGUCCAAGAUGCCGGCCUGUAAUUUAAUGCUUCUCGGAGCCCAAAGGAAAACUUUGUCUGGAUUCAGCAGCACCUCUCUACUGCCUCACACUGGCUUCAUUUAUCACUGCGAUGUCGUUCAGUCUCUGCCGCCUGAUCUUAGAAGGAAAGCUGCUCGUCUUGUAGCUGCAAAGUGCACUCUGGCAUCAAGAGUGGACAGUUUUCAUGAGAGCUCUGACGGCAAAGUGGGUUACGAUCUCAAAGAAGAGAUUGAGAGGAAAUUCGAUAAAUGGCAAGAGCCACCACCGGUCAAGCAGGUGAAGCCCCUCCCAGCUCCCCUGGACGGACAGAGGAAGAAGAGAGGAGGAAGGAGGUAUCGAAAGAUGAAAGAACGACUUGGACUCACCGAGAUCAGAAAACAUGCCAACAGGAUGUCCUUUGCAGAGAUUGAAGACGAUGCUUAUCAGGAGGAUCUGGGCUUUAGUCUGGGUCAGUUGGGGAAGAGCGGCAGUGGGCGUGUCCGACAGGCACAGGUCAACGAGGCCACGAAGGCCAGAAUCUCUAAAUCCCUCCAGAGGACGCUACAAAAGCAGAGCAUGACGUACGGAGGGAAGUCGACCGUCAGAGACCGCUCCUCAGGCACCAGCUCCAGUGUGGCCUUCACUCCUCUACAGGGCCUGGAGAUUGUGAACCCACAAGCUGCAGAGAGGAAGGCUGAGACAAGCCAGAAGUAUUUCUCAAACAUGGCAGAGUUCCUCAAAGUUAAGAAGGAAUCCAAGUAGUCACACAACUGCACAUCACAGCUUUUGUUAGUUUUUAUUUGUACAAACUGUGUUUUUAAUAAAAUUGUGUUUUAUACACUUAAGACACCAUUCUGAUGUAAGAUAUGUUAAAAGCAUUUUUAAUUUAGAGAAACAAAUCACCUGCCUAUGGCUUUAGUUAAAACUCCUCUUGGCUUUGUCAGUUUAAUUUCAGAAAAUACUUUUUUUUUUUUAAGCUGUUGCCUGGACAACUGAGACUUUCAUUUCAUCAAAGUUGUCCCAUGUUACUUUGUGUACAUGUUUUUGGACAGUGGGGGGGUGGCAUCAUUCUCAUUCUAUAGUGUUGGAUUAAGAAUCAGACUGGCAUGUCGUUUCAUAAAAGUAUUUAUUGAAAUUGUACAAUCCUGAUAUACUCCUGUUUAUGACAUCUCCCAUGCAGAACUGUAAUGAGGAAAAUGUAAAUUAUGUCUUGAAAUUCACAUUUUACUGUUGCCUUUCUGAAAACAUUAAAAGCCCCAAAAAUAGAAUCUAUAAAAGGCAAAUCUCUUUAAACUGAACAUAUUUCCAUUUUUAUAUUUUCAGACACUGUCCCUCCCAAAGUCUGAAAUCUACAGGAGCUUAUUUUUACUCAAGUUAAAAUUUCAGUACAGUUUAUGGUGCUUAAAAGGAUAUAUAUUAUCCAGUUCAUGUAACACUCGGAUUAUUGGUCUGAGUUUCUCUAUUAUAGCUAUGCAGGACACAAAGCUCAUGAGUGAUAACCACCAUUUACAUGUAAACAGUUAAGAGUGCACAUUCACUGUACGGCUCCAGCUCAAACAGGUGGAAAAGGAACAAAGUGAAAAGUGAGACAAAGAACAGGAAAGGUUAAUGCUAAAUGGGGAAACAGUGGGAUCUUACAAAAGGUCAGAAUCCAUGUAUCCAGUGGUACAUUCAUCUCUAUGGUCAGUGUGGAUGAUGGCAUCAACGCUGUGGAGAAAACUGCUGCAAUAAAACAAGUAAAGUUCUCAAACCCUAUA